AUGACGGACUCGAAGCAGAGCGACACCGCGUCGCAAGGCGUUGGACAUGACGCGAAUGCGCGCCCGGACGAUUCCAUUUUGAAGAUAUCACCGCCAGUCGUUGGUGCCUCUACCUCAGGAAGCACCACUGACCCAUCUGCCAUGGAGAGUAGCUACGUCGAAGCCGCAACGAUGAAUCAUAGUAGGGCCCCCGAUGACGCUGUUACAGAGGAGGCUGUACGCGAACACCUCAAGGACAUCGAGUCGAGUUUCUUGCCCACGCUGUCUCCCAUCGCUACGAGGACAGCAACUGAGAAUGUUAUGGGCGCAUAUGAUACGAUUGAUACAUAUGGGAAGAGAGAGGACCCGAAAACGGAGAAGCAAGACGAAGACUAUGCCAAUGAUGUCGGACACACCACAUCGAGUCUCGAGAACCUUGAUUCCUCCCCUACAACUGCUGCUGCUGCGAGAACGAUUUCAAGGGCCGUCAGUAUGGCUAGUCACGCGACGAUGGACUGUGAUACUGCGCCGCCGGCAGGCGAGGAUGAAUACAAAGACGACAACGAAAAUGCAUUCUCGUCUGGCCCAGACGACCCGUUCCUUCAAUCUCAAAUAGCUGACAGGCUUGAUACGGCAAAUACAUCCGGCAACUCGUUGAGAAUUGGCAAACGAUCAAAGUAUUUGCGCAGUCGGUACUCCAGCCACCGAUCAUCGGCAUCUUCACUCGUCACGGAUCCGGAAUCACAAGACGGUAGCGAGGCCACCAUUGGCCACGGUGCCGAUUAUGCUUUGCAAUCAGGCGGUGCUGUUCCGGCUCUGGGCAUACAGCGGUCGACAAGCAACCCUUUUCAGCGUUCCAUAAGCAUUGGUAGUAUGCUGUCUGGCUUUGGAGGCGAAGACUUGAACGACUUGCCUAACCACCACCUCGACACUCUCCCAGAAGACUCGAGUCCCGACAGGCCGAACCACGACGACCCGCUCAAGACUCCAAAGGCCUCACGAGAGAAUUGGAAGGCCACUGCACCGACAGAUACCGUCAUAGCUCAGCACGUCAAGAACGUACAGGUUCCCGAGUCUUUGGCGAAAGAAUACCGAAUUAAGAACAAUCUUCAAACGCCUCAUCGACCGUCUAACCUCAAUAUAGGUACCAACACUGACACCAUGACAAAAACUGGCAGGAACCUCACGUUGAAAGAACAGAGCAGCACCAUUGAGAGACUGUCAAAGGAGAACUUUGAUCUGAAGCUUAAGGUCAUGUUUUUGAGCGACCGCCUGGACAGGCUCUCCGAAGAAGGAAUCAAGGAAAUGAUUUCGGAAAACGUAGAGCUAAAAACUAAUCUUGCGGUAUUACAACGUGACAAUAAAAUUCUCCGGAAACGAAUUAAGGAGCUCGAAAAACAAGCCCGAGAUGAAGACAACAGACCCGGUACAGCCUCGUCAACAGACCAAACGUCCAGAUUAAACGAUGCAGAUGCCUACGAGAGAGAGCAGGAGCUUAUAUAUCUUCGCGAACGAGUUGAAGAGUAUGCUACUGAGAUUGAGAGGCUUCGCAACGAGAGUCUCAGUCGAGAAUCGGAGAAGUUGCAGCUUGUUGAAAUGGUUAAAACGCUUGGUGAGCGAUCUGGCAACAACGUCGGUGUGCCUGACGAAUCUGCUGUUUGGAGCGACUUGUUGGAACAAGAAACUGUUCGUCGAGAACAAGCAGACGAAGACAACCGGAAAAUAAGGGAUGAAAUUUUUCGACUCAAAAAGGAGCUCUCUGCGCGAGGGAACACCCAACACACGACCAAUAUUUACAAUAUCUCCAAGAAGCGUCGUGAUGGCACAUUCUCACCUGUUCGAGCGAUGUCUGGUUUGUCUGGGGAGACUGAUGUACCCGAGUCCAACGUCAGCGGAGCCAAUAAUGUCUUGGUGGAUGAAUUGCGACGAGAAAGCGAACAUUUGCGCCAUGAAAAUGCCGAGCUGAGGCGUGAAGUUGGUGCGCAGACUUCGAUGCUUACCUCAAGGAACCGCGAGAAGGAAAGGCUCUAUCAGGAAAUCGAAGACCUCAAAAUGGCUCAGCGCCGUGGCGGUCAUGCUUCUUCCACCGUAGACAGCAUAUUCGAGCGCUCGGCGUCCCGUGCAGGCGGUCAUGAACGGUCACAAUCCCGAGGAAGCGGACGGACUAGGCAGACUUUAGCAGAGGAGGAAUCUGAACGCGAGGAACUGGAAAACAAACUGGCCGAACUGCGAGACAAGAUCAGCGAAGUGAAGCUUCAGAAUCAGGAAUUGCAACGAGAGCUCGAGUCGUGCAUGGUAGACUUUGAGGUUGCGGUUGAGGGCAAGCGGCAAGCGGAGGAUAAUGCCAUGUCCCUGCAAGAGGAGCUUGACACUGCUAUGAAUGAUCUCGUUGCUUUGCAAGCCGAACGAGAUGAAGCUGUCCGUGAGCAGGGUGAAAUGGAGCACGAGUUUGAAGCCUUGCGCCAUGAAGCGCAAGAAGAGAUCGAUGCACUGGAAGCCGAGGCCGAUCACCGUAAUGAGGAGAUUCAGCGCGCUCACGCCGACUUGAAAGAUCGCUCAGAAAAUUUCGACGCCUUGCAGGAAGAGAUGCGGAAGAUGAGCGAGGCUCUUGUGCGGUUGGAAGAUGAUCAAACUGGCAAAUUGCGUCGUAUUCAACAACUAGAGGAAGAAUUAGACUCGUCAAACAAGGAGCUCGAGGAAUUGGAACAGAAGCUGAUGGAGGCAAACGAGAAGAAUCAGCGCUUCGCCAUACAGCAAGAGUCAAGCCAGGGAGAGAUCGCCUUCUUGCGCGAGGAGCAAGAGGCGGACAAGAUUCGUAUUGGGGAUCUGGAAGCGGCCAUUGCCAACGCGGAGCAGAAUCUGCGAGACGAAAAGGACAGAGCCAGAGACUUGGAUAACCGCCUCCAGCAAGAGCGCAUGCACAGGGAGAUCGUUGCCGACAGAGAAAAGGAAGAGGUCCAACAGGUUGUGGACGAACUCAACAGGGAGGCCUCUAACGCCAAGGACGAAGUAAGACGACUGCGUAAGAGCCUGUCGUCUCGCGAAGUCGAGGCUACGGAGUGGAAGGAGAGGUUGAUUGAGCUGGAGAAUAAUCUUCGAGAAGCUUUGGGCGACCUCAAUGGCACACGAUCUUCUCUUCUCAAGUCGAUUGCUAAGAUGCAACGAGAACUCGAGAACACAAUUCGCGAGCUCGAUACAACAAAGGCGUCUUUGGUUGAGAAGGACCGCAUCAUUAAACAACGAGACGCCCUCUUGGAAUCUCAUGCUCUCGAGUCACGAAAGGUUACCGAGAUGUUGGAGAAGGAACGCCUAUCGCACCGCAACACGAAGGCACAAUACGACACAUUUCAGAGGACGCACCAGCAUCUCACACAGACAGCCAGCACACAGGAUGUCAGAAUUGCGGAGUUGGAGAGCACGAGGGGCCAGGACCGCAGAAAACUUGCCCAGCUUGAGCAGACUGCUCGCGAUCAGCUCACAGAGCGGAACGAGCUGCUUCUAAAGCUGUGGCACAAGCUGAGCGCGCUUUGUGGCCGAGAAUGGCUCAACAACAACACGCUUGUCGAUCGGCAAGUUGUCCCGUCGGUCGAAGUCAUUGCAACCCGACUUCAUGGCUUCUCGAAGAACCUCCUUGGCGCUGUCAGGGCCAUUGAGGGUAUGCUUGGGGGGCUGCAUACCAAGAUCAAGUCGGUGGAACGGGAUUUACACCGAGAGUACCAGUCCCUCGAGAACAAUCUCGAAGUGAGGACCAAGAAGUUGGAUCGUCUCGAGACCAUGUUCCGAAAUUCGGUGGCGUCGGGAAGCCUAGCUCCCCAGGACAUGCAGAGCCGGAUGGCUCGGUUGGAGGAUGCCUAUCGCCAACUCAAGGUCGAGAACGCAACACUGAGGACGGCCAACGACGUACGUAGUCGUGCUGCCCACUCCGGCCCUGACAGCGUAAUACCUCUGAGCCGAAAGACUACGGGCACAGGGUCACCCUCGCCAGGCAUCCCACGCGGGCCGGGAGAUCGUGAUAGGAGUCGAACUUCCCACCUGAGUCAAGACAGGAUCAGCCACUCAAGGGGCUCCUCUCGAUCCAAUACUGCAUCUGGCAUACCGCGGCCGUCGUCGGGAAAUUUCACUAGCAUGGAGGUUGCCUUGCCGAGCGAAGGCGAGCCAACUAACAACGACAACCGUUGGCUUCUGAGACUCCGAGACAUGGAGUACAAACUCAAGAUGGAGCGAGAAGGCCGGAAUCAAGAUCGAGCAGCUGCACGGCAGCGCCUCGGCGGAUUAGAAUUAGAGAACAGAGAUCUCAGAGAGAGAGUGAGGCGCACAAACACAGACACUGAGUAG